AUGAAGGUAAAAGAUUUUUACGAACUAUCGAUACCAUUAAUAUUAGAUGGUGGUAUGGCAAGUGAAUUACAAGCAACACACGGAAAAGAAUUAUCAACAAAUUUAUGGUCAGCCGCUUGUUUAUAUCAAGAUCCAAAUGCGAUAAGAGAAGUUCACUUAUCAUAUUUUAGGGCCGGAGCUGAUAUAGCAAUUACUUGCAGUUAUCAAGCACAUUUGCCUUAUUUUACGAAAGUGGGAUUUACAAAACAAGAGGCAACGGAACUGAUGCAAAAAUCGAUUCAACUCGCAAUAGAAGCUCGAGAUGUAUUCUGGGAAGAAUAUCAAUCGAAGGGAUCCAACGUUGAGAAUGAUCGAAUCAAACCAAUGAUCGCAUUAUCGCUUGGACCAUUUGGGGCAAUCUUAACGAACGGAAGUGAAUACAGAGGAGAUUACGGAAGCGACAUUUCCCUUGAAAAGUUGAUCGAAUUUCAUAAGGAAAGAUUAAAUAUAUUUAAACCUCUGUUUUCACAAAUCGAUCUUAUUUCGUUUGAAACGAUCCCAUUGUAUCUAGAAGCCGAGUCCAUUUGUUCAUUAUUACGACAAGAACAAUUGGACGUUCCUUGUCUGAUCACAUUCUCAUGUAAAAAUGAUGAAGAAAUAUCACAUGGAGAAUCAUUCGCCGAUUGUGUUAAAUUGUGCAGUAGAGUUCAUAGCGUGGUAGGUGUAGGGGUUAAUUGUACAAAACCGAAAUUUAUCGAGAAGUUGGUUAAGAUUGCUCGUGAUGUGUUGGAUGAAUCUGGUAUGCAUAAAAAAUACGUCGUAUGUUAUCCCGAUGGUGGUGCCGAGUGGGAUUACGAAAGAAAAGAUUGGAAUAAUGAUGAAAUGGAACCGGAAGAAUUUGGGAAUCGAGCUAAAAUUUGGGCCGAACUUGCGAACUUUAAAAUUCUUCUUGGUGGAUGUUGUAAAACCACCCCGGAUCAUAUACGAUGUAUUCGUCAAAGAAUUUUGUGA